AUGCAAGAAGCUCAAGAGCAUGUGUUGGAGAUCAUCAAGAAUCCGGUGAGGACUUUAAUGCACUCGUGAGGUCUUUCUUUGCAUAAAAAGACGAGGUUUUCAUCAAAGCCUGCCUUCUCCACCAAGUCCAAUAUUCAUUUCUCUCUGUUUUAGGUUCAUUUCCCGGCCAGAUGGCUGCGAGAGGCCAGAGCAAGAAUCGGACUUGAGGAAGAGCACAUUGCGGUCAUUUUAGUUGCCGUUCUGUCAAUGUAUUUGGCGGUGGGAGAGCACGCUCAAUUCUUGGCCAAUGCCAUCGGCGUUGCUGUUCCACUGUUGUUGUGCUACGUCUACGUGGAUGAAAAACCGUCCACUCAGAAUCUUCAAGUCUAUUGGUCGGUGUUUGGACUGCUCACCGUGUUGGACACCGGCUUUGAGAACUGUAUUCCGCUCUAUUACAUCGUCAAGGUAUGUGAAGAUAAAAUAAGGUCGAAACUUGUGGGAGAACGGCCGGGUUUUGAGAGAUUAUGGUAGGAAUAGCUGUAAAAUACCUCUGGCUUUGAGAUGGCGCCAUUUUGUCUGCAGAAUUGCCCGAGCUGUCUGUUAUUUCUCUAAAACAAUGUUUUAGUUGGUCCUGCUGGCUCUCUUGUUCCUGAAACCGUUUACAUACGCCGAGAAGCUUCUUGAAUUGACUAAGCAGUUCGAACAGAAGGAGAAGAAGCUCGAGGACGCUAUCAGCGAGAUUGAGCAGAAAUCUAAGGGUCGAAAAUCACCGCCGCCAGAGAAGCCAGAAGAAGAAGCUGCCAAGAUUGUCAAGGAGAACCCUUCUUCUCGAGUAAGCCGGUUAAACAAGAGUAAUAUAAGAUGGCUAACGUUAGAACCUUGAAUAAAAUAGACCUUUUGACGAGGUCCAUUUAAAUUUUUACCGCUUUUUUCAGCCUCAAGAAUCUCCUUCCGUCAAGGACAACGCCCCUGCUCAACAGUCGUCUGUCACGACUGCAAUCGAAAAUAGUAAAAGCGAACCCGCUCCCCAGCCCGAGACAGCUUCUCAGCCAACUGCAGAAAGCCCAUCUGCAACGUCUGUUCCGUCUGGUAAGAAAGUUUGGAAAAAGUUCCUUAUUCUGGCCACAACAAAGGUACUCUGUAAACUGCGCCCAAGCUUGGGAGCUAAAGUUAGGGAAAAAGGUUUCGCCCUAGCUGCCACUGAAUUACUGUAAUAGCUCUGUAGUUUUAAAGGUACCUACGAGGGCUAUGACGACUCAUUUAGUUCUACACGAAGGCAAUAAGUUUAGUUCCGGACAUGUUUCAUCGUAUAAAGUGUGAAAGCGCAGGCUGCAGCCGUUUUUGAAGGGUAAGGUGGUAUGUAAAAAAGAAGAACCUCACUAACUAAAUCCACUCUCUGGGCAUUGACAACGAUGAAUUGAGCCUGUACGCCGAAUCUGGACUAAUUCUGACCAGUUUCCGCAAGGUUAUAAGUUGUGGCAAGAAAAAGGAACUUUUACCCGCAAAUGAGUAUUCCAUAGCCUAAAGUUUUAUUUUUAGGAACUACCCGUGAUGCUGAUGGUCAUCCGCAGCAGAACAGCAAUUACCGCGAUGAGAUGGCCAAGAACGCAUCGCAGUACAGACUCAGCUCGGAUGAGAACGGCCUCAACUUCCGUGGGGCCGCAAUGCCCGUUGCUGCCAAUGAUUUCAUCACCGAACCCACGAACAGCCUGGUCUUCAACGCUCCCUUUGAAGACGGGGUUCUGUCCUACUAUUUGACGAUCAAAAAUAACACCCCCAGAACUAUGGCGUUUGCCAUGAAAAGUAACGCAAUUCCCAGACUCACCGCCAAUCCCCCGUGUGGGAUCCUGAAGCCCAGGCAGAGAGUUCUCAUCUGGAUCAAUAUGCAGGUAAAGGGAUCAGAAAGAAAUGCAAAGUUCCACUUUUGGCUAAAAAAUUAUGUUAUUUUAGGUAAUAAUUACGUAAUUUCACACCUAAAGUCUUUAGGAACGGAUUUUUUGACAAGAAUAGAAUAAAAAUGCCUUAAUUUUCAUGGAUUAACAAUUUUCGAUUUUUUUAGCCCUUCAAAUGGGGGGAAAUUGACGUUAGCCGCGACAGAAUUGCCUUUGACUACGUGCUUUGUCCAGCCGACACCAAGAAAUUCACCCACAAGUUGUUCCAAGGAGAUGAACCAAGACGCCGAAAGAACAUCCACGUCCUUUAUAAUCCAUAG